AUGUCAAAAUCAACGCCCACAGCGACGCCAUCACGGCGGCGCGGCACGUUACCCAUCGAAACUCCCGGCUCUGCACGAUCCAUCUCGUCUGCCACGGACCGAUCAACCCUGGUGGUUCGUGUGGAAGAGCUCGAUCUUGAAGUGCACGAUCUGAAACGGCAGAUUGCUGCUGAACGUCAACGACGUCGCGACUCCUCCUUGGGAGCAUCCACGUCGGCGUCGGCGGGAGCAUCGUUAUCGCUGCAAUACAUUGAUCCGAGCCGCGAUGUGGGGAGGGUGAAACAGGUGCUAGCGGAGAAGCUGAAACAGAUGGACGAUGAUGCACUGACCGCAUUGUUGACUGCGAGCAGUGCUGCAUUAGGCCGACUGUUUGUAGACCAAGAGCAUGCGGUAGAAGGGGACAGUGCGUGGUUGGUGAUGGAUGCCGGAAUGGUCCCCAGCAAAUCGGUCGGUAUCGAAGGCACCGGUAGCGGAAGCGACAUCGAUCGACGCUUAUCGCAAAACGAAACUGGAGUAGCACAUCAACUUUCAGCCGCUCGACACGCCAACAGCGUUCAUAGCUUUCUGAAAGAUCGACAAGCAAGAUUGAACCCUUUGCUGGAUGCUUUGACCAAAUUCUCGCAUUUGGACAUCGAUCAGUUGGAUCAGACCUCUUCCACGCAGACUCAAGAUGCGGGUGGACGAAGGAGGACGAUUCGCAUGUCAGGCAACUUUGCUCGACUCUUCGCCAUCGGCAUCAGCUUUCACGUCGUCGAAGAUUCUUCCGAUUCUUCGCCACAGAUCCAACAACUUCAACUCGAUCUGCCGGACUGGUUGAAACGAACGCUCGAUGCGCCCAAUCGACUCUACACCAAGCUGCUCAAGCGAAACGAUCUACCGGCGAUACUGUUGAUGUUGCGCACGAUGGUGCCGUUGUGUUCGUUGCGUCGGAAUCUGUUCACCUCCCUGAUGGAGAGCUAUACGGAUCUGGCGCGAGAUCACGUUCGAUCAUGGGAGCGAGAAAACGGCAUCGAAUUCACCCCUUACCACCCACCUGCCACCACCACCACCUCCAAGCCUUCCUCGACGAGAAAAUUUUCGGCUCGCAAUAUCGAUGAGAACAUAGCAAUCUCGCUCAUCCGCCCAUCAGCAGCUGAAUCCUUCACUCUCACCAACAAAUCUUCCGCCUCCCUAACCAUCUCCUUCACCAUCGGUUGGAACCGUUUCGGACACGCUUUCCCCCAUAUUACCGCCAAGCCGCAUGUUCCAGCUAGCAAACUCGACUCUACCAGCAGAGCGUUCUUGACAGGAUUUGAAUCCGAGUUUACGCAUCUCUUGCGAGUGGCUAUAGCCCAAAAUGCAAUCAUUGGCUUACCGGAUAAAGACGAAGAUGAAGAGGACCAGAUUGAGCCAGGUGUGGGAAGAUGGGGCAUCAACGCAGCCAUUCAUGCCACGAUCAGGGCGUUCUUCAAAAUUCAAGAUGACGCCGCAUCGGACAGAAGCGACGAUGACCCCGAGUCGACUUGA